UUUCUGCUUUCUGUACUUUUGUAUACACUACUGUUCUCUCCCGUGCUUGCUCCUCACCGUUCUUGUUCAAAGUUCAAAACUUUCUGCAAAUUAUAGCAGUUUCUGUGGGAGUUUUUACUCCCCAUAUCUGGUUUCACAAGCAAGGAAAAUGGGGUUCAUUUCCCGAAAGAUUUUCCCAGCAUGUGGGAAUAUGUGUGUAUGCUGUCCUGCUUUGAGGUCAAGAUCAAGACAACCUGUUAAGCGAUACAAGAAACUGCUAGCUGACAUCUUUCCCAAGUCCCCUGAUAGCUCUUCCAACGAGAGGAAAGUUGUUAAAUUAUGUGAAUACGCGGCAAAAAACCCUUUCAGAAUCCCUAAGAUAACCAAGUAUCUUGAAGAUAGGUGCUACAAAGAACUAAGAAGCCAGAAUAUCAAAUUUGUUGAGAUCGUUGUUGAGGCUUAUAAUAAGUUGCUCAGCAUUUGUAAGGAUCAAAUGGCAUAUUUUGCUAUCAACCUAUUGAGCCUAGUGGUUGAACUACUUGAUGAGUCGAAGCAAGAUGCUGUCAGGAUAAUUGGAUGCCAGAUGCUAACUCAGUUUAUUUACAGUCAGGUUGAUGGAACUUAUUCAUACAAUUUGGAAAGUUUGGUUCACAAAGUUUCUAUCAUUGCUCAUGAGACUGGAGAAGAACCUCAAAAACACCGCUUGAGAGCGUCAAGUUUGCAGUCUCUCUCUGCCAUGGUAUGGUUCAUGGGGGAGUUUUCUCAUAUUUUUGCUGCUUUUGAUAAGAUUGUUCAUGCUACACUAGUAAAUUAUGACCCCGAUAGACACAAUGAAAAUGAUGAAGAUGGAGGUGAAGCACAUCAUAAUUGGGUUGAUGAAGUAAUUAGAUGUGAAGGAAGGGGUGUUGGUGAAUUUAGCCCUAGUAGUAUCAACAUCAGACCUCGACCAGACUGGAAAGAUCCUUCUCAAUUAGUCAGAGAAGAGGUUGAGAAACCAAAUAUUUGGGCUCAGAUAUGUGUACAGAGGAUGAUGGAGCUGGCGAAGGAAAGUACGACAAUUCGCCGUGUAUUAGAUCCAAUGUUUGUCUACUUUGACAGUGGAAGACACUGGGUUCCACCCCAUGGGUUGGCGUUGGUAGUUCUGUCUGAUAUGUGCUACUUUAUGGAAAGUUCAGGGAAUCAGGUCGUGAUUUUAGCUAGUGUGGUUCGCCAUCUUGACCACAAGAAUGUUGUGCAUGAUCCCCAAAUUAAAUCUUUUGUGGUCCAAACAGCUACUGCUUUGGCUCAACAGAUUAGAAGUGGAACUGUGCUUUUAGAUGUUGGAUUUGUUAGUGACAUUUGCAGGCACUUGCGCAAAUGCCUACAGGCAACAUUUGAAUCAGAUGGGGAGAAGGAAGUGGAUAUGAAUCUCACACUUCAAACUUCCAUUGAAGAUCUCUUGCUGGAAACUGCUAAAGGGAUUAGUGAUGGCCGACCACUCUAUGAUAUUAUGGCCAUGUCAAUGGAGAAACUUUCAACUGUUAAAGUUAUUGCCAGGGCCACCAUUGGAUCAUUAGUCAUUCUAGCUCACAUGAUCUCAUUAGCAGCAGUCUCUUCCCAUGUGCAGCAGGUUUGGUGCUUUAAUUGGGGAUUCCCAGAUAUGCUUCUAGUUCAACUUUUGAAGGUGAUGUUGCAUCCUGAUGUUAAAGUACGUGUUGGAGGCCACCACGUACUCUCAAUUCUUCUCAUUCCGAGUUCUAACCUAACAAGAAAGGAUGUUUCUGUUUACACAAAAAGAUGGCAUUCGAAUAGUUCCUCUACAUUUGACUCAGUUGCAGCUUUACUUGAGAAGCUCAGGAGGGGAAAAGAUGGAACUAAGCUAAAAAAUGGAUAUAGCAUUCAAGAUGAUUCCAAGGAAAGAGAUGUUGAAGAAGAACUUCAUCAGGGGUGGGCUCGCAGAAACUCUCCCAAUUUUAACAAAAUAAGUUAUAUUAUUGACAAGACUCCUGGAUCAGCGAGCUUGAUUGAGGCUGAACCAUCUGUUAUGAAGUUUAAUGAGGACCAAAUUACCCAGGUGCUAACUGCCUUAUGGAUACAAGCCAAUCUUUCUGAUAAUCUACCAGCAAAUAUUGAAGCUAUAGCUCAUUCUUUCUUCUUAACACUAAUUACUUCACGCUUGAAGAGCCCCCGUGGCAACUUGAUCAUACGCUUCUUUCACUUCCCUCUUUCACUUUUGAAGAUGUCCUUGGACUCUAACAAUGGGACCUUUUCUCCUGCAUACCGGAGAUCGCUUAUUGUGUUAUCGACUGCAAUGCUCAUGUUUACAGCUAAGAUAUAUCAUAUUGCUGAUUUGAUUAAUCUUAUCAAGACUUCAGUCGAUUUCGAUGUUGAUCCAUAUGUUGGCAUUAAUGAUGAUAUCCAAGUAUAUGUUAGACCACAAGCAGAUGUUAGAGAAUAUGGUUCUCCUGGUGACAACCAGGAAGCUGCAGCUUUACUCUCUCAAUUACAUGGCAAGAUUAAACAAUCUGAGAAAGCUAUAUUAGAUCUUUUGGUUGCAAGUUUAUCUACCAUUACUGGGCUUGAGGAAGAGGAUCUGAUUAAUCAGCUGUCAGAAGCAUUCACACCAGAUGAUGUGCUGAUGUUUGGUCCGCUUGACUUUGAUCAUGUGCAUGGAGUACCCUUCUCCAAGGAAUCUCCAUCAUUUGAUGGUGAGUUUCCUGCAAAUGUGCUUAGUGAGGAUGACAUCAUCAGUGAAUCUUCAGUUGUUGACAUCUCGCGCUUCAUCAAAACGCCUAUGUCACCAUGCCCUUCCAUGUCGCAUGUUGUCAGCAUUGGGCAACUUCUGGAAUCAGCACUUGAGGUUGCUGGUCAGGUUGCUGGAACAUCUGUCUCAACUUCUCCACUUCCCUAUCAUACCAUGGCUAGUCAGUGUGAAGCUCUUGGUACAGAUGCUAGAAAGAAGCUUUCGAACUGGUUGACUAAUGAUGGUCACUUUGUGAAGACAGACACUACGUUUCCACCAAAUCCUGGAUAUUAUGGCUUGUCAGCAAUCAGGAAGGUAGGCAGUGAAGACGGGCCAGUUUCUGGUUCGGAGAUGCCAAAGGAGUCAUGGUCGGCUCUUAGGUUGCCUCCUGCAAGUCCUUUUGAUAACUUCCUCCGAGCAGCUCGUGGUUAGAGAGAGGCCUGGUUCAGCUUAUGUAUCGUCUAACUUUGUGCUAGAGUGAUUGUAAAUUCGUAGGUAAUGUUUAUGAGGUUAGCCUUGUCAAGCCUAGAACAUUUGCAGUGUUUGCACCUUGAGAUGAUGUGUAAUUAGUUCGCUAGUUGCCUAGCUUUAUGCCAUUCGCAGCAUUGGCUUUCGCAUUGACACCAACAGUUUGCAGUGCAGACUAAAUUAUGCAACCCCUAUGGGCUUGUAAAGCGCACAAGACAAAACCCUGUGUGUUUGUGUGUGAAAAUGCGACCGAGUUUCUUAUCUGCA